AAAAACGGACUACCAUUUAAUUUCUUCUUAAUUUUUAGGAUCAAAGUAAGCAAGAUAUAAGACGAACUAAACCUUCAUUGUUACUUCUCUGCUGCUUAUACUCUAUAUAAAUAUAUAAAAAGAGAACUAAGAGGGAUUUCAUUAGAAAGAACUCGAGAUCGAGAUUAAGAGAACAAAUGAAGUGGCAAAAGGAGAAGCUAGAUGUAAUCCUGGUACCAGCAGGGCUAUUCAUGAUGUUUGGUUACCAUAUCUUCUUGCUAUAUAGAUACCUCAGGAAUUCAAAGUAUACCGUACUCGGCUUUCAUAACCACUGCCAAAAAGCAUGGGUCAAGAAGCUUAUGCAGAUUGAUGCAAUGAGUAGAGGCCCGGCGUUUACAGUAAUGAACAGCACAAUAGUAGCAGCAAAUUUCAUGGCAUCCACCUCUUUAACCUUAAGCUCUUUGAUUAGCGCAUGGAUCGGAAGCUCCUCAAGCAAUGAAGCAGUUGGAAGAAUAAUCUAUGGAGAUACAAGACAGCCAAUCUCUUCCAUAAAAUACAUCAGCAUCCUCUUAUUUUUCUUGAUUGCUUUUGCGUCUUUCAUCCAAUCUUCAAAGUGUUAUGUGCACGCCAAUCUCCUCUUGAGUAUGCCAAAGGCCGUUGUCCCUGAAGACUUUGUUGUCGAGGACUUAAUUCACGGUUCAAAUUUCUGGCAGGUUGGCUUAAGGGCGAUUUACUUUGCUAUAACAAUGUUGAUGUGGAUAUUCGGUCCAAUUCCUAUGUUUCUUUCCUCAGCUGCAAUGGUGGCAGUUUUGUAUGUUCUUGAUGUAAAUCAUAAGCACUUGCAUGACUUUAACGAGUCAAGCGAGAAAGGAGAGGGAAAGAAAUCUGUAGUAGGGCCUUUCGAGAAUCACGAAAUGGCUAAUGGUAGUUGUGAACUCCAUGCUACUGCAAUUAACACAGCAGUUCUGCCUUCUGUUGUUGCUUGUUUAUAAAUAAAAUAAACUUUGUCCCAUGUUACAUUUCAAUAAUAGGCUACUUUAGAAUAAAAUGGCACAUUCCAAUUACUAGUUUACUACUGAACCAAAAUUUAAAUAGCUCAUUUUUUUUUUUUUUGUAUUGAAAUCCAAAAAAGUCAAAGCUUGCAUUACAAAAAUAAUUCCACCACUUCCCCUGCAUUUCUAAUUUGGGAAUAUGAUUCCAUAAGUUUUUUCUAUAUGUUUAAUGAAGAUUCUUCGUAUAAGUUUAUAAGAUGUCUUACAGUUCUUUUGCUUAUGAUUCUGUACAAGAAUAUUCUAAAAGAAAGACACAGGAAUUUCAUAGAGAAACAGAUCGUGGUCGUGGUCAAGGUUGAGAGGGCUAGAGAGAAAGAAACAGAAUGAAGUGGCAUAAGGAAGAGCUAGAUAUAAUCCUGGUACCAGGAGGGGUGUUGGUGAUGUUUGGGUACCAUAUAUACUUGUUAUACAGGUAUCUCAGAAGAUCAGAGGAUACUUCUAUUGGAUUUGAUAACCAUUGUCAAAAAGUAUGGGCCAAGAAACUUAUGCAGAUUGAUGCAAUGAGUAGAGGCCCAGCAUUCACAGCAAUGAGCAACACAAUAAUAUCAGUAAAUUUCAUGGCAACCACUUCUUUAACCUUAAGCUCAUUGAUUGGUGCAUGGAUCGGAAGCUCCUCAAGCUAUGAACUAGUCGGAAGAAUAAUCUAUGGAGAUACAGGAUUUCCGAUUAAUUCCAUCAAAUACAUCAGCAUCUUCUUGUUUUUCUUGCUUGCUUUCGCGUCUUUCAUCCAAUCUUCAAGGUGUUAUGUGCAGGCUAACCUCCUCAUAAGUAUGCCAAAGGCUGAAAUUCCUUUAGACUUCGUUGUUGAGGCCUUAGUUCACGGUGGAAAUUUCUGGCAAGUGGGUUUAAGGGCGAUUUACUUUGCUAUAACAAUGUUGAAGUGGAUGUUCGGUCCAAUUCCUAUGUUUCUAUCCUCGGUGGCAACGGUGGCAGUUUUGUAUGUUCUUGAUGUUAAUAAGAAACAUUUGCAUGAUUUUAAUGAAUCAUGUAACAAAGAAGGGAAGAGAAAGAUAGCUGUGAACCGGUCUUUUGAGCAACAGGAAAUGGCAAAUAGCAAUUAUGGACUUCAAGCAACUGCAAUUACUACAGCAGUGUUGUCUGCUGCUGUUGCUUCUUGAUCAAAGAAAUGAAAAAAAUACAGUAUAAUUGUAUUUUAGAUCCAUCCCAAUAUAUAUUAUGCUGCAUUUUAUACUCCUUAUUUAGUAAGUGAAAUAUAUUUAGGACUAUAUUACAUGGAUUUAGGAUCCGAUAAAUCGAUAAUAUACACGAGUACUGUAUGUGUAUAUAUUUUUGAAAAAGCCAUGCCAAUAUUAAAGAGCUCUAUAGUUGCACUCCCUCCGCCUCUUAAAGAUUGUCUCAUAUCCUAACAUUCAUUUUAUUAUUUUUAUUUUUUAUUACUUAUUUCUCCACUUUUAUCCCAUCUGCCUUGUUUUAUAAUUUUAAGAUUCAAUUAAUAUUUCAAAAUUGGACUAUUACAAAGUAACUUAAUACAAUACCUUUAAAAAAUGAUUAAUUUAUUACAAGUAGUAUUACGGAUCAAUGUAUCAUGUAUUAGCUUGCUAAUUUUAGUCUCUCUUCUGCGAUCCUAUUGGCUAGCUGUAACAGCAAAUCAUCUACAGUUUAAGUGCAUUCUGAGUGCUAAAAAUGUUUUAUCUAUAUGAUUAG